UCAAAAUAAAUCAAUUUUGCAAACAGUAUAAAGAAAAAAAGUAAGGCUCAAAAACAUUCAGAAUGAAAUAAUAUCACAAGAUCUUAAUGAGAUAAGUGAGUUUAAUAAAGGUCAAGUGCGAGUGCACGAAUGAAGUAAAUUUUACUGGAUAGUUGACCACUUGGCAUCAGUGUUGACAGAGCUGGAUAAUAAUGCAUUUACAGAUUUCAUUGCUGUAUUAACAAAAUGCGUUUUCGAUUUUUGAAACAGAGGUCUGUAUUUUUACUUGGUUCAGCUAUUGGUUUUGUUUUUCCAUUAUUGCUUUUUUUGUUGAGAAGCAUAUUUGUGACUGAUCUGACAUAUGAUCAAGAUUUAUCGUUGUGGCAACCUGAAUAUUACCUGAAUAAGAAACCUUACCACGAAGAAAUUAUUUUACAACAUUGGAAAAAAGUGAAGAAAACAUCUGACUUUUCGAAUAUUGUUACAUAUCAAACUUGGUUGGCAACACAAAAAUGGAAAUUGCACAAAAUUGAUCUGGACAAAUAUUUAUAUGGUCCACAAGAAAGAGACGCCACAAAGAAAAUUGAAAACACAGAAUGGAGAUGGUUGAGAAAACAAGUAUCUAUCACGUGUGUGGUUUUUGUAGAGAAACUCAAGUUAGGAAAAUCGAUUCAGGCCACAUGGGCCAAACGCUGCAACAAUAUAUAUUUCUUUGGGCAUCAUUUAAAAGAUACCGAACUGCCUAUUAUAAAUGCAGACACAAAGAUUGUGUCUUCCUGGCAAUUAUUAUGCGAAGCUAUGAAUUACAUUUGGAAUAACAAAACGUUAGGCGAGCUAGAGUGGAUUAUUUUUGUAAAAGAUCAUACUAUGGUCAUACCAGAGAAUCUGCGCUAUAUGGUUGCUCCAUUAGAUCACAGGGAUGAUUAUUACUUGGGUCAUCCGGUAGUUCUAUGGGGCCAGACUUACAAUGUUGCUCAAUCUGGAUAUGUUCUUAGUAAAGGAGCAUUGGCAAAAAUAGUACAAAUGUUCAAUACUUCACAAAAGUGUAUUUCGGGUGGAAAAUAUUGGAAGAAGGAAGAUUACUAUCUCGGAAAACAUCUGUUGUCUUUAGGCAUACAUCCAUCUGAUACCAGAGAUCAGUACCUAAGAGGUACUUUCCACGGUUAUUCCUUGCCAAAUCUUCUGUGGGGUGUCGUCAGACCAGACAGCUACUUUACGCGUGCUGUGUAUCCAACGAAAGGAGAAUGCUGCUCGCCGAUAUCUGUGACUUUCAGCGCCAGCGAGCCCGACAAAAUGCACACGUUGAAUUAUUUAUUGUAUCACCUGCAUGUAUUCAGUGGCAGAGGCAGAUUUGGUAACAUACCUGCGAAAGUUUCAAUACCCGACGAGGAUGUAUGGAAGAUUGCGCUGCAGGAAGAAUUCAACAUCACGUUUUCCAGUGACAUAUCGAGCGAAACUUAUUACGAAAUAUGGCAUUCGAAAUAUUCCGAGCCAGGCCAAUUAAAAAUGGCCAGUAAUUAUAGAAUGAUGCCGGAUGCAUUUAAUUGUUUACUGGCGAGAUAUCAGACGGGAAACAAAUCUAAUUUUAGUUGCCAAACUAAAAGUGUUACUAACAGUACAAGAACUUGAACCUUGAAUUUAUUUUAUGUUUCUAUUUUGAAUAAACUUAAAGCUUGCACAAAGCAUGUGGAUUUGAUGAUUUAUGGAUGCAAGAA